AAAGGAAAAUCCUACAAAAUUUCUUGUACCCUUGCAUGCUUUUAAAGUUACAGCACAUGACUAGUCGUCCCUUUCCGCUCUUCCCAUAGGUAUGUAUGAUUUAAAAGCGGAUUCUUGCUGAAAAAUGUCGUUGGUGUGCAGUUAAAAAAUCAAAGUGGGUUUCUUCAGAAUCCGGUGAGAAGAUGGUUUUCAAGGGCGAAGUUGAAUUUGACGAAGGCCCACCUGACAAUUUCGAUCCAAAAAAUCCAUACGCAGAUCCAGUGGCAUUUUUUGAGUACAGAGAAUACCUCGUGCGUGAGAAAUGGAUAGGCAUUGAGACAGCCAAGAUUCUGAGGGAUAAAGUGAGAUGGUGUUACAGGAAGGAAGGCGUCAAUCAUCUCCAGAAUUGCAGAGAGAUUGUUCGUCAAUAUCUCGAGUCCACCAAGGGCAUCGGCUGGGGGAAAGACGCUCGCCCUCCUUAUGCCCACGGCACCGAUACUGCUAAACCCUGAGGCAGUUUCAUUGGGAUAUACUGGUUUUACGAGAAUUGAAAUUGAAACAUGGCUACGAUGUAGGUUACAUUGUUUGCAAACCUGAAAUCUACAUUUCAAAUCUAUGAACCUGCAGUUUUUGACAACUGAACUCACAGUUUCAACAUACUGUGGUAUUUAAUUUGUUGAAAAUAAGAAGAUGCGUCUUUAUUUAACAUCCUUGAUGUCAUUGUUACUUUUGAUUGGAUGGAUAAAAUGGCAUCUAUUUUGUAUUUGUGUUGGUCUUAAGAUUAUCUUAUAAGCUAGUGCCA